AUGGAGCUCAGUAUCAUUUCCAGAGACACCAUCAAACCAUCGCUCGAUUCCUCUUCACUUAAACAUGUAAGCCCUUUCAAACUUUCCCUCGUCGACCAGCUGACUCCCGCAACUUAUAUGCCACUAAUCUUGUUCUACCCCAUGGUCCCCAUUAGUGACCCCAAGUCAUCGUUCAAUCUCCUCGAAACCCUAACCCGGUUAAAAAGCUCCCUCUCAGAGACUCUCACUCUCUACUACCCAUUUUCGGGACGGGCUAAAAACAACCUCUACAUUCAUGACUUUGACACCGGUAUUCCCUUCCUUGAAGCCCGAGUCAAUUGUCGAAUGCUCGAUUUUCUUAAGCUCCAAGAAACCGAGUUACUGAACCGUUUCGUUCCAUUCCAGCCCAUUUGCAAGGAAACUGAUGAUGAGUCUCUGCUCCCGAUGAUAGCUUUUCAAGUGAAUGUCUUUGCUUGUGGUGGAACAGCAAUUGGGGGAUCCGCUUCUCACAAGCUGUGUGACGGGUUGGCCGUGAACUCUAUCCUUGAGUCUUGGGCUGCUAUUUUUCGUGGGGAGCUUGACAAGGAUAUCUGUCUUUGCUUAAUCUCCUCCGUCCAUCUAACACUACCGAAGCCUCAUUUGUCUUUCCACCAAGAGCUUUGUUGCCUAAAAAGUAUCUAG